UCUUUAAGUUGGUGUCAAAGCCGAUUAGCGCUGAUGUCCGUCGUGAUUCUGUUUUCACCGUCUGUUCACUGAGUCUAUUUCUAUGUGCUGUUGUUGGCGGUACUACACACUCCGUCGUUUUCCUCAUUUUUUUAACCACCAGGACAGAAACACACUGGCUUUCUAGGUCAUGUCCGAACUUUGCAGCAUGGAGAUGUGUUGAAGCGGUGCUGCUUUUCAACGGUUCAGCUUGACGGGGCAGAUCACACUGGAGCCUGUAUUUGACAGUCUGGUAAGAGUGAUGCACUCUCCAACUUUUUUAUGCCAUCGUAAACCCGGAUUACCUUUUUCUGCAGAUGAGAUGUUAGCCACUUUCUCUUCAGUAUCCAUCCGGUAGAGAUAACGGUAGCGAUAUCGAGGAUGCGUGAUGUGAUACAUAUGUUUGCUCUUUGAAGUUGGGACCAAAAUAAGGACAGGACUCAGUGUAAACAUAAUGCAGAAGAGCGUGCGGUACAAUGAGGGCCACGCUCUGUAUCUGUCAGUGGUUGCGCGCAAAGAGGGGACCAAGCGCGGCUACCUGAGCAAGAAGACCACAGAGAACAGUCGCUGGGCUGAGAAGUACUUCGCCCUCUACCAGAAUGUGCUCUUCUACUUCGAGAACGACCAGAGCGCACGGCCCUCAGGUAUAUACCUGCUGGAGGGAUGCACAUGCGAGAGGGCACCGGCGUCCAAAGUGUCCGCCAUCAGCAAGGAUGCUAUUGAGAAGCAGCAGUACUACUUCAUGGUCAAUUUUGGCCACGAUGGGCAGAAACCUCUAGAGAUGCGAACAGAGGAUGAGUUGGACUGCAAUGAAUGGGUGGAGGGCAUCCAGCAGGCCAGCUACUCUGACAUCAUCAUUGAACGUGACAUCCUGAUGCAGAAGUACAUCCAUCUGGUCCAGAUCAUGGAGACUGAGAAGGUUGCAGCCAAUCAGCUUCGUACUCAGCUGGAGGACCAGGACACAGAGAUUGAGAGGCUCAAAGCUGAGAUUACAGUAUUGAACAAAGCCAAGGAAAGGAUGCAGCCGUACCAGAACAACCCAGACGAGGAAGACCCCGACAUUAAAAAAAUUAAAAUGGUGCAGAGUUUCAUGCGUGGCUGGCUGUGUCGGAGGAAGUGGAAAAUCAUUGUCCAGGACUAUAUCUGCUCCCCUCACGCUGAGAGCAUGAGGAAGAGGAACCAUAUUGUGUUCAACAUGGUAGAAGCAGAGACAGAAUACGUGCACCAGCUUUCCAUCCUGGUGAAUUGCUUCCUUAGGCCGCUCCGCAUGGCCGCCAGUUCCAAGAAACCUCCCAUUCGCCAUGAUGAUGUUAGCAGCAUCUUCCUCAACAGUGAGACCAUCAUGUUUCUGCAUGAAAUCUUCCAUCAAGGUCUGAAGGCCCGAAUUGCCAACUGGCCCACUCUAGUUCUGGCGGACCUGUUUGACAUUCUACUGCCUAUGCUGAACAUUUACCAAGAGUUUGUGCGUAACCACCAGUACAGUCUUCAGGUGCUGGCAAACUGUAAACAGAACAGAGACUUUGACAAGCUGCUGAAACAGUAUGAAUCCAACGCGGCCUGUGAGGGUCGGAUGCUGGAGACAUUCCUUACUUAUCCAAUGCUUCAGAUUCCCCGUUACAUCAGAACUCUCCACGAGCUGCUGGCGCACACACCUCAUGAGCAUGUGGAGCGCAAGAGUCUUGAGUUUGCCAAAUCCAAACUGGAGGAACUGUCAAAGAUGAUACAUGAUGAAGUCAGCGACACAGAGAACAUCAGGAAGAAUCUGGCCAUUGAAAGGAUGAUUGUAGAGGGCUGUGACAUCCUUUUAGACACAAGUCAAACUUUCGUCAGACAAGGUUCUCUCAUCCAUUUACCAUCCAGCAGUGAACGGGGUGUUCUCAGUAAGGUGCGCCUGGGCUCUCUCUCACUGAGGAAGGAAGGAGAGAGACAAUGUUUUCUCUUUACCAAACACUUCCUCAUCUGUACCCGAACAUCGGGAGGGAAGCUUCACUUGCUCAAGCAGGGAGGAAUGUUGUCCCUGAUCGAGUGUACUCUGAUUGAGGAACUGGAUGCCACUGAUGAAGACUCAAGUCAAGGAUUUAACCAUCUGGAGUUUAAAAUUGUGGUUGAGCCUCCUGAUGGUCAGUCCUUCUCCAUUGUUCUCCUGGCUCCUUCCCGCCAGGAGAAAGCUGCCUGGACAAGUGAUAUCAGCCAGUGCAUUGAUAAUAUCCGAUGCAACGGCCUGAUGACAAGCGUGUUUGAGGAAAACUCCAAAGUUUCUGUGCCACACAUGAUCAAGUCUGAUGCUCGACUGCAUAAAGACGAUGUUGACAUUUGCUUCUCGAAAACGCUCAACUCCUGCAAAGUCCCGCAGAUCCGAUACGCCAGUGUGGAGCGCUUGCUAGAGCGUCUGACAGACCUGCGCUUCCUCUCCAUAGAUUUCCUCAACACAUUCCUCCACACUUAUAGGAUCUUCACCACAGCUACUGUGGUCAUCGACAAGCUGGCUGACAUCUAUAAGAAGCCGUUCACCUCCAUACCUGUAAGGAUUGAGCAACAUUCAUGUGACCGUCUGUCCAUCAUGUCACUCUGUCCUGACUACAGUCUGAAGAUCACACAGCUUGCACUGGACCAGUCCAAAUCCCUGGAGCUCUUCUUUGCAACCAACCAGGGCGCGUGGGGAACUGACCCUUUGAACAACAAAUCGCCAAGGCUGUGCCGCAAGUUUUCCUCUCCUCCUCCUCUGUCCAUCCCCUCUCGUACUGCUUCCCCUGUGCAUUGCCGAAAGCUCUCCCUGAACUCCCCUAUCAGUGUGAAAACAGGAGCCCUAGACCUGUCCACCACUCGUUCCUCUUCUGCAGCCAACUCCCCAACCUCUAGUCACAGCCCAUCCAUCGCCUCUCCUCCACCUGGCUCUACCAGGGCGCCCUCUGGCUUUUCCUCCCCUCCACCCACCGCCACAAGGUCUCCUAGCCUCCCCCAGGCCUCUGGGGUAUCCUCACCACCCCCUGUCUCCACCAAGGCACCGCUGGAUCUCAGCCGUGGUCCUAGUUCCCCAGAGCUGAGUCCAGCUUUAGGGGAGGAUGCCAGUGGAGAGCUGCCUCGCAUUGAUGCCUUCUGUGGGAAGCUGAGGCGCAGCUUCCGCAGGGCUGUCCUGGAGUCAGUAUCCCUGGACAAAUUCAUUCCUGAGUCACCAGCUACCAGUGAGCCAGGUGACACAUCCCCCUGCCGCUCGCCUUCAACACCGAGGCAUCUCCGCUACCGUCAAUCGGGAGUUACAUCAGGGGAGACCUCUCGCUGCUCUAUGUCACCAGCUUCAGCUUUUGCAAUCGCCACUGCUGCUGCUGGGCAUAGCAGCUCCCAGGGUUUUAACAAUUCUGAGAAAGCCUGUGACAAAGAAUUCAUCAUCCGCAGAGCUGCUACUAACAGAGUUCUCAAUGUGCUGCGCCACUGGGUUUCUAAGCAUUCCCAGGAAGCAUGGAAAAAGGACUUUGAAAUGAACAGUGAGCUGAAGGUGGGGGUGAUCAGUCUACUGGAAGAGGUGUUGCGAGAUCCAGAUCUGCUGCCGCAAGAGAGGAAAGCUACAACAAACAUAUUAAGUGCACUUUCUCAAGAAGAACAAGACGAUGCUCAGCUCAGGAUGGAGGACAUAUUACAAAUGAAGAGCUGCCCGCUUCUACACUUCAUUGUGGCGGAGAGUCCUAAAUCAGAGUGUUUUGAGUCUCUCUCAGCCAUAGAACUAGCAGAACAGAUCACCCUGCUGGAUCACAUUGUGUUUAGGAGUAUUCCUUAUGAGGAGUUCCUAGGUCAGGGCUUUAUGAAGCUGGAUAAAACGGAAAGGACUCCAUACAUCAUGAAGACCACCCAGCACUUUAAUGAUAUGAGCAACCUGGUAGCGUCUCAGAUAAUGACCCAUACUGAUGUGGCCUCCAGAGCCAGCUCCAUUGAGAAGUGGCUGGCAGUGGCUGACAUCUGUCGCUGCCUCAAUAACUACAACGGAGUACUGGAGAUCAUUGCUGCACUCGAAGGCAGUGCCAUCUACAGGCUUAAAAAGACCUGGGCAAAAGUCUGCAAACAGACAAAGGGACUGAGGGACAGACUUCAGAAGAUUGUGUCAUCAGAGGGACGGUUCAAGAACCUCAGAGAGACACUGAAAAACUGUAAUCCUCCAUGUGUCCCUUACCUGGGCAUGUACCUCACUGACCUGGCCUGCAUUGAGGAGGGGACACCCAACUUUACAGAGGAGGGCCUUGUUAACUUCUCUAAGAUGAGGAUGAUUUCUCAUAUCAUCCGGGAGAUCCGUCAGUUCCAGCAAACACCGUACAGGAUAGAGCACCAACCAAAGGUGACUCAGUUCCUGCUGGAUAAAAGCCUAGUGAUUGAUGAAGAUACCCUUUAUGAACUCUCACUCAAGAUUGAACCCCGACUACCACCUGGCUAAUUGCAUCUUCUAAACAGACAUAUAGUUGAUAUAUAUACAAUUUCUAGCUCAGAGCAACACCUUCAUUCAUUCAUUACACAGCAGGGGUUGUUACAUAGAAUGCCAUCAAUCACUGCGCUUGGGAAACUCAGGAGAAAAUGUGCCUUACUGAAGUGUAUAUUUAGUGAGCAGACUAUAAAACAGUGGUACAGUUCUGUUACCUAUUCAAAGUUGUCCUUACAACAUAUCAGUUUUCUGUAACACAAAUCAAAUGAACGCAAACUAGUUGCUACACAGUAAGUUUGGGGUUGUUGGGGACCCUGUAGCAAGUAAUCAAGUAAUUGCAUAAUUGAGUAACUGAGAAAGUCUGUGUGUGUACGGGUUCGUACUAUCCUGGUGGGGACCAAAAUCUGACUUUUACUAUCCUGGUGGGGACUUUCUGCACCGUGGGGACCAAAAUCCAGGUCCCCUCGGGGUUGAAAGCAAUUUUCACACUCAAAAUGUGGUUUUACUGUCAGGGUUACAAUUAGGUUAUGGUUAGGUUUAGGGUAAGGGUUAGGGUUAGGCAUUCAUUUUUAAUGGUUAGGGUUAGGGUAAGGGGCUAGGGAAAGCAUUAUGUCAAUGGGAUGUCCCCACGAGGAUAGCAAACCAGACAUGUGUGUGUGUGUGUGUGUGUGUGUGUGUGUGUGUGUGUGUGUGUGUGUGUGUGCGUGUGUGUGUGUGUGUGUGUGUAGACAUGCUGGGUUUCCUAAACAGCUGGAGUACGUCACAUAUUUUAUCUACUUUAAUACUGUCUGUUUCACAGGAGACGUUAUCUAACGCUUCGCUUUUUAUCUUUUUUUUAAUCUUACGCUAUGAUAAAAAGGAAAAAUGAAAGUUUUAUGUUCUUACAGAUUCUCUCGCAUGUCAGAGCAAAAAUCCUUAAAGUUUAAACACAUUGCAGGUUUUGAAAUAUGCUCAUUACAGUUUUUAAGACAUUUUUCUUUCUCUUUACAAUCAGAUCCUGUCUUUUGAGUUUUUUAAUGUUUAUGAUUUUGUACACAAAACUUUUUGAGCUUCACUUUUUGAGAGUUGGACUCAAGGGGUUCUUUCAUGCUACAAAAGCAUAUUGCCACAUAUCAAGAAUAUGUGGCACUAUUCUUAAUAGUUCCCGUCAAUGUGAUCAAUUUUUCAUAUUCAUAUUUCAAACUCUAUUGAGUGUAUUAGUGAAAUAGUAAGAUCUUUGCACUAUUAAUUUAUUAUUAAUUCAAAGAUUUUCAUUAGACUGUAAUUUUGAUUAUAACAUGAAUAUAGUGUGAUUUCCCCUGUACUUAAAAUUUUUUGCUUGUUUGAUGUCUUUGGGAUGUGGUGGGGAUGGGUUAUUGGGUCUGAGGGUGUAUUUUUCGCCAUUUCAAAGUUUCGGAAUCUGCUUUCUUACACUGUUGUAUACUUUGAAGUUACAGUUUUGCUAAUGUAUUUAUAAGCUUAAAAAUAAAAUAAAAAAUAAA